AUGUAUACCAUCAUUUCAUACGCCACUCUCUUCCUUUUUACCUUCCAGGUUUACGGAUCCAAUUCAGCAACAGACAGCUCCAACCCAGUUCCUUGGGAUAGUCUUGAUCUGGGCAGCAUCUUCGAAGAUAUUUUUGGUAGUCUGAUACCAGACGGAACAACAAACAGCACCUCGGAAAACGUUGGGAAUGCCAUCGAUGGCAUCAUAGGCUUAUUCUCAACGACCCUUGUCAAGGAUGUCGUUUCAUCAAUCACUCACAUGGCGGACCUCUUUGACAACCAAACAUCGUUUCAGACGAAAUCACUUAUCCAGAUAGGGACCAACGAGCUUACCAAUGAGACCAUCAAUGAGGUGACGAGCCUAUUGGAUAGUGCAAAUGUCCUCCUCACUGCCGACAAUGUCGAGUCAAUCAACAAUCUACUUGAGGAAGCAUCCCCUCUGCUCACGGAGGACUUCCUUAAUGAGAUAAACAACCUUCUCAACAAUACUAGCACGCUCCUGAAUUUUCCUUUGUCAACGAAACCAAAUCACUCAUCACUCAGGUCGACCCGCUGUUAUCCGAUCUAUCCUCCAAUUCUUCCGCUUUAA